GUUGGUUCCUUGUCACUCUCCAGUGCGCUGGCCAAUGAGGAGCGCGUUGGCAUGGCAACAAGGCACUAGGCAGGCACGCUCCUCCCCUGAGCUUGUUGGCGGGAGAGUGCUGAGGGAGUCAGGAGAGAGGAAUGCUAAUAUGGAAAACAAAAGGAAGGCUUCUAAAGGAGGCUCUGGUAUGGGGGAACCCACAUUGUCCCAACGGAAAAAGUCACGAGGAGCGGACUGGGAGGAAGAUGCUCCGUCCCAGUUUGAGGAGGAACUGGCCUUUCUGGAUGAGGUGGAGUCUGAGAUGGCUUUGGAGGCAAAGGAAACACAGCUGGUACCUGAUGACAUCCCUCUUGGCAAUCUCUUCUCAUCAGUGAGGAAUCCCAAGUGGCAGAGACCACCGCCUCCUAAAAUAAAUCCCAAAGAGGAGACUCUAUGUUUCCAGCAAGUGGAACUCGAUUACUAUGUGGGUACUCACAUUCCUGGAUUCCCAGGAUCUACCCAGGGUCCAGUUCCCGUUUUAAGGAUGUUUGGUGUCACUGAAGCUGGCAAUAGCAUCUGCUGCCACAUCCAUGGUUUUGCCCCCUAUUUCUAUGUGCCUGCACCGACUGGGUUCAAAGCAGAUCAUCUAGCUGAGUUUCAGAGGGAGCUGAACGCAGCUGUCCUCCGAGACAUGCGGUCCAACAAGGAUAAUCUGAGCCAAGUUGUUUUGGCAGUGGAAAUCUGCAACAAACAAAAUAUGUAUGGCUACCAUGGGGAAAAUUUCAUACCUUUCCUGAAAAUUACUAUGGCAAUGCCACGACUAACUGCCCCAGCAAAGAGGUUGCUAGAACAAGGGCUACGGUGUGGAACAUUAGGAGUACACAACUUUCAAGCGUUUGAGGCCAAUAUUGAUUUUGAAAUCAGGUUCAUGGUGGACCGGGACGUUGUUGGAUGCAACUGGAUUGAAUUACCUGCUGGAAAGUAUCGCUUGCGGCAAGAACAGUCUGCUGGAGAAUCUAGCAAGGAGAAUCCGCCAAAGGUGUCCCUCUGUCAGCUGGAGGCUGAUGUAGCAUGGAUGGAUUUCAUUAGCUACCCACCUGAGGGAGAAUGGCAGCGCAUUGCACCUUUGCGUGUGCUCAGUUUUGAUAUUGAAUGUGCUGGGCGCAAAGGCAUUUUCCCUGAACCAGAGAAGGACCCUGUAAUCCAGAUUGCCAACAUGGUCCAACGCCAGGGGGAGAAGGACCCUUUUGUGCGCAAUGUCUUCACUUUGCAGAGCUGUGCCCCAAUUGUUGGUUCCCAGGUGCUCUGUUUUCAAAAAGAGGGUGAACUACUUAAGGCCUGGGCAGAAUUUAUACGGACUGUGGACCCAGACAUUAUCACUGGCUAUAACAUUCAGAAUUUUGACCUUCCCUAUCUCAUAAACCGUGCUCAGACUCUAAAGGUCUCGACAUUUCCUUUCCUGGGCCGUAUUCCUGCCCGCAAGUCUGUUAUCCGUGACUCUUCCUUCCAGUCCAAGCAGAUGGGCCGGAGAGAGAAUAAAGUCAUUAACACUGAAGGCAGAGCUCAGUUUGAUCUGCUUCAGGUUCUGCUACGGGAUUACAAACUGCGCUCCUAUACUUUGAAUGCUGUUAGUUACCACUUCCUGCAGGAGCAGAAAGAAGAUGUACAACACUCCAUUAUCACAGACCUGCAGAAUGGUACAGAACAGUCACGUCGGCGGUUGGCUGUGUAUUGUCUUAAAGAUGCCUACCUGCCCCUUCGUCUCUUGGAGAAGCUCAUGUGUGUCAUCAACUACAUGGAGAUGGCAAGAGUCACUGGUGUCCCUCUCAGCUAUCUCUUGGCACGGGGGCAACAAAUUAAAGUUGUUUCCCAGCUCCUACGGCAGGCUGUGAAGCAAAACCUGGUGAUGCCAGUGGUCAAGUCAGAAGGUGGGGAGGACUAUACUGGUGCGACUGUCAUUGAACCACUCAAGGGCUAUUACGAUGUGCCCAUCGCUACCUUGGAUUUCUCCUCCCUGUACCCUUCCAUCAUGAUGGCUCACAACCUUUGUUAUACAACACUUUUGCAACAGGGAGCAGUGGAACGCCACGGGCUUUCAGCAGACAAGUUCAUUCGUACUCCAACUGGGGACCAUUUUGUGAAGGCAUCUGUUCGCAAAGGGUUGCUGCCCGAGAUUCUGGAGAACUUACUGGCUGCCCGCAAAAGGGCUAAGGCAGAGCUGAAGCAAGAGACAGAUCCAUUCAAGCGCCAGGUGCUGGAUGGACGACAGCUGGCUCUCAAGGUCAGCGCCAACUCAGUUUAUGGCUUCACCGGGGCGCAAGUGGGAAAACUGCCAUGUCUGGAGAUCUCUCAGAGUGUGACAGGAUUUGGGCGUCAGAUGAUAGAGAAGACAAAGCAGCUAGUGGAAUCUAAGUAUACCAUUUCCAAUGGCUACAGUGCUGAUGCUAAGGUAGUCUAUGGGGACACAGACUCAGUCAUGUGCCGUCUGGGUGUGCCAUCAGUCGCAGAGGCCAUGGAGAUUGGCAGGGAAGCGGCAGCCUGGGUCUCCAGCCAUUUUAUUCCCCCCAUCAAACUAGAAUUUGAGAAGGUAUAUUUUCCUUACCUCCUGAUCAAUAAGAAGCGCUAUGCUGGCCUGUACUUCUCCUCUAACCCUGAUACUCAUGACAAAAUGGACUGUAAGGGUAUCGAGACUGUGCGCCGAGACAACUGUCCCCUUGUGGCAAAUCUCAUCAACACCUGCCUGCAGAAGCUGCUCAUUGAUCGGGACCCUACAGGUGCUGUGGCCCAUGCUAAGGAGGUGAUAUCUGACCUGCUCUGCAACAGAGUUGAUAUCUCACAGUUGGUGAUCACCAAGGAACUGACACGCACAGCAGAUGAGUAUGCAGGCCGUCAAGCCCAUGUCGAACUGGCCGAGCGGAUGCGUCGACGAGAUCCUGGCAGUGCUCCCAACCUGGGGGACCGAGUUCCUUACGUCAUCAUCGGUGCCGCCAAAGGUGUUGCAGCUUACAUGAAAUCAGAAGAUCCCAUCUAUGUGCUGGAGAAUAACCUGCCCAUUGACACCCAGUAUUACCUGGAGCAGCAGCUUGCCAAGCCUCUCCUGCGCAUCUUUGAACCCAUCUUGGGGGAGGGCAAGGCACAGAAUAUCUUGCUGAAAGGGGAACAUACCCGCUGCAAAACGGUGUUGACAGCCAAGGUUGGAGGGCUCAUGGCUUUUGCUACCAAACGAAGCACCUGCAUCGGUUGCCGGGCUGUGCUCAACCACCAUGGUGCUGUGUGCAAGUUCUGUCUGAGCCGCCAGUCUGAGCUCUAUCAGAAGGAGGUGACCUAUCUAAGCUCCCUGGAGGAGAAGUUUUCACGCUUGUGGACCCAGUGCCAGCGCUGCCAAGGGAGCUUGCACGAGGAUGUGCUGUGUACCAGCCGUGACUGCCCCAUCUUCUACAUGCGGAAGAAAGUACAGAAGGACCUUGAUGACCAAGAAGUCCUGAUCGCACGCUUUGGCCCCCCCACAUGGUGAUGCUUCCUUGACCUUUUUUGCCAUUCUUCAUCAGAGUGAAACCCAUUGCCACUGGCGCACUUUUGAAGGGGGCAACAAUCAAGGCACUACAAGCAUAGAAGUGACAGGGAACAUUGUUCCCAUGCAGUUUUGGAAAUGUCUUCUGUUGCUGUGAUGGGAGAGGGGCAGCAAAAUGACUGUAUAUUGUAGAGAAAAUGUGACGCUUGACCCACAAAAGCUCUUUUGUAGUGGGCUGUGUUUUUGUAAUGUGAAAUUUUACAAAUAAAGACUUAUUAUUUUGUUUCUUAUA